GAUCUCAGCUGGGCACAGCAGGGAAGCGCUGUGAGACUGGGAGGGAAACUUGGAGCCAGAACUGCUGAAGGAAAGCUGAGAUGGAGCUGAUCCCCAACCUUUCCAUAGAAACCUGGGUGCUGCUGGCUACCAGUCUGGUGCUCAUCUACAUAUAUGGGACCUAUUCUCAUGGGGUUUUUAAGAAGCUUGGCAUUCCUGGACCCAAACCUCUGCCUUUUCUGGGCACCGUUUUGGGCUACCGAAAUGGUUUGUGGAAAUUUGAUAUAGACUGCUAUAAAAAGUAUGGGAAAAUAUGGGGGUUUUAUGAUGGCCGACAGCCUGUGCUGGCUAUCACGGAUCCAGAAAUCAUCAAAAUAGUGCUGGUGAAAGAAUGCUACUUCGUCUUCACAAACCGUCGGACUUUUGGUCCAGCGGGACUUAUGAAAAAGGCCAUCACCAUAUCUGAAGAUGAAGAAUGGAAGAGACUUCGAACACUGCUGUCUCCAACUUUCACCAGUGGAAAACUCAAGGAGAUGUUCCCCAUCAUUGGACAGUAUGGAGAUACGUUGGUGAAAAACUUGAGACGAGAAGAAGAGAAAGGGAAGCCCAUCACCAUGAAAGACAUCCUUGGAGCUUAUAGCAUGGAUGUGAUCACUGGCACAUCAUUUGGAGUGAACGUCGAUUCCCUCAACAACCCACAAGAUCCCUUUGUGCAGAAAGCCAAGAAGGUCUUUAAAAGUUUAGAUUUCCUUAACCCAUUAUUUCUCACUAUAUUUAUGUUUCCAUUCCUUACUCCACUAUAUGAGAUGCUAAGUAUCUCUAUUUUUCCAAACCGGCUAAUGGACUUUUUCUACGAAUUUGUAAAAAAGAUGAAGCAAAACCACCUUGAUUCAAAUCAGAAGACCCGAGCGGAUUUUCUUCACCUGAUGAUAAACACUCAGAACUCCAAAGGCAAAGAGUCCCAGAAAGCCCUGUCUGAUAUGGAGAUCACAGCCCAAUCAGUUGUUUUCAUUUUUGCUGGCUAUGAAGCCACCAGCACAUCCAUUUCCUUCAUUAUGUAUACACUGGCCACUCAUCCUGAUGUGCAGAAGAAACUUCAGGAUGAGAUUGACAGAGUUCUGCCCAAUAAGGCACCUGUCACCUAUGAUGCCCUUAUGGACAUGGAAUACCUGGACAUGGUAGUGAAUGAAACUCUCAGAUUGUACCCGGCUGCUAACAGGCUAGACAGGAUCUCUAAGAAGGAUGUGGAAAUCAAUGGAGUGUUCAUUCCCAAAGGGACUGUAGUUAUGGUACCAACCUAUCCUCUUCAUCGGGAUCCUGAGUACUGGCCAGAGCCUGAGGAGUUCCGCCCUGAAAGGUUCAGCAAGGAGAACAAGGGCAGCAUUGAUCCUUAUGCAUACAUGCCCUUUGGGAACGGACCCAGGAACUGCCUUGGCAUGAGGUUUGCUCUCAUCAGCAUGAAACUGGCUGUCGUCAGUGUCCUGCAGAACUUCACCCUUCAGCCUUGUGAAGAAACACAGAUACCCCUGAAAUUAAGCAAGAAAACACUUUUUCAACCAGAAAAACCCAUCAUCCUGAAAGUUGUGUCAAGAUAAGAAUCACAAAUGGAGCAUGAAUUUCCCUCAAGAUUUCUGCUGUUCUUCAAGGGGGCUGUGCCACCCAACAUCAGAGAAUCUAAUUUGCCUGUGAAUGAAUCAGCUUAAUUUCCUUGAUGAUUAGGUGUUCAGAAGUUCAUUGAAUAUGCUCAGUGUUUGUGCUGAGUAUCAUAUAUUGUGUGACUUAAAGGAAAUGAUUAAGUCAAUGAGAGAUACGGAGAUUUUUCUCCGAUUCUAAGGGGACCAUCCCCUCUGAACUCCAGUUUGCUAUCUACAUUCUGAGUGUAAUAAGCAUUUCUCUAUAAUCUUACCAAUCAUUUUUAAUGAAAUGGGAAGUACUGUGGUGAUUCUUGAAAUAAAUCUGUUUCAAAUGUUCAUAAUAUUUUAUAUUACAAAUAGAAAUCAUCUUUCCAAAAAUAUGUGAUGUCUUCCUGUGCAUCAAUGGGGCAAUAAAACAGAGUUCAUAAAACUGAGAAACAGCA